AUGCCCGGCCUGUACUGCCCCUCCAGCUGGACGCCGCUGCCCCUCACCGACUCCUGGGUUCGGGCCUGCGCCAACGGCCCCUGCCUCAGCCUGCGGGCCCGGCUCACCUACCACAACCCGCAGCCGCAGCCGGUGGAAGGCGUGUUCGUGUACCCACUGGCGGAGGCCGAAGUGGUCUCAGGCUUCGAGGCGGAGGCGGCCGGACGGCGCGUCUCGUUCCAGCUGCAGAGCCGGCGACGCUUGCAGGCCGCUUGCUGCCGCGCUCUGGGCCCCGGGUGGGGGGCCUCCACGCCCCGCCGCUGCGAGCAGGGUCAUCUUGUCUUGGAUCCGGCCCAGGCCCGGUCUGCACUGGUGCUGCCCACAGGCCUCAUCAACGCGGCCGGCACCAUGACGGUGACUCUGUGCAGCAGUCGGGAGCUGCCCUCCAGGCCUGAUGGGGUGCUGCGCGUGGCUCUCCCCUCUGUGCUCACCCCGCUGGCCUCAUCAGGCCCACCGGGGCCCCCCAGGCCUCCGGGGCUCUGUGACGACAGGUUGGGCCUAUGCCCCACCAGAUGCUUUGGGGUGGGCAGCCCUCAGGAGGAAGGGUUUGCCUGGGAGGAGCCUGCUGCCCCUCGGGAUGUGUUCUCGGGCCCUGCCCGCUGCCCUGCCCUGUACACCUUCUCCUUCGAGAUGCUGGUCACUGGGCCAUGCCUGCUGGCAGGCCUGGAGAGCCCCUCUCAUGCUCUGAGGGCAGAUGCCCCCCCUCAUGCCAGCUCUGCAGCCACCAUCUGUGUCACACUAGCAGAGGGCCACCGCUGUGACCGGGCGUUGGAGAUCCUGCUGUACCCCAGUGAGCCCCACCAGCCACACUUGAUGCUAGAGGCUGGCAGCCUGAGCUCAGCAGAAUAUGAGGCCCAGGUGAGGGCCCGCCGGGACUUCCAGAGGCUACAGCGAAGGGACAGUGAUGGGGACCGGCAGGUGUGGUUCCUGCAACGGCGCUUCCACAAGGACAUCCUGCUGAAUCCCGUGCUGGUGCUGAGCUUCUGCCCAGACUUGAGCUCCAAGCCAGGACACCUGGGCACAGCUACCCGGGAGCUCCUUUUCCUGCUGGACGGCAGCAGUGUAGCACACAAGGACGCCAUUGUUCUGGCUGUGAAGUCACUACCACCACAGACACUCAUCAACCUGGCUGUGUUUGGCACGGCGGUGCAGCCCCUCUUCCCAGAGAGCCGACCUUGCAGUGACGACACUGUGCAGCUGAUCUGCGAGAGUGUUGAGACCCUGCAGGCUGCAAGUGGUCCCCCAGAUGUGCUGGCUGCACUGACCUGGGCCAUGGGGCAGCCCCGGCACAGGGCCCACCCCAGGCAGCUAUUCCUGCUGACCGCUGCCUCGCCCUUGGCUGCUGCCGCCCAUCAAAGCCUGGACCUCAUGAGGUGGCACAGGGGGGCAGCCAGGUGCUUCUCUUUUGGGCUGGGGCCUGCCUGCCACCAGCUGCUUCAGGGUCUGUCUGCCCUCAGCAGAGGCCGGGCCUACUUCCCAAGGCCUGGGGAGAGGCUGCAGCCCAUGCUGGUGCAGGCUCUGCGGAAGGCACUGGAGCCCGCCCUGAGCGACAUCUCUGUGGACUGGUUUGUGCCCGACGCGGUGGAGGCACUGCUGACACCCCGGGAGAUCCCGGCACUCUACCCUGGGGACCGGCUGCUCGGGUACUGCUCACUCUUCAGGGUGGAUGGCUUCCGGCCCCGCGCCCCCGGGGGCCCAGAACCUGGCUGGCAGAGCUUGGGAGGCUCCGUGUUCCCAUCCCCAGAGGAAGCACCAUCUGCCACCAGUCCUGGCACUGAGCCCACUGGCACCUCAGAGCUGCUGGGAACAGGCACUGUGUCAGCGGAGCUGUCCAGCCCGUGGGCUGCUGGGGACUCGGAGCAGACAGGUACUGAUGCUCUGACAGAGCCUGUCACAGACCCCGGACCCAACCCCUCCUCGGAUACAGCCAUAUGGCGCCGCAUCUUCCAGUCGUCCUACAUCCGGGAGCAGUAUGUGCUCACCCACUGCUCCGCCAGCCCCGAGCCAGGUCCAGGUUCCACAGGCAGCAGCGAGUCCCCUGGCUCCCAGGGCCCUGGCUCCCCCGAGAGCAUGGCUCCCCUGCAUCUCCCUUCUCAGCAGGGCUGCCGCAGCCUGGCCUGGGGAGAACCUGCGGGCUCCCACUCCUGCCCCCUGCCUCCGCCCCCGCUGGCUCCAGUCAAGUCUGGGGCCUUGAGCGCGGAGGUGCUGGGUCGUCGACGCAGAGUGGCUCUGGCUGGCCGGAGCCUCUCAUCGCCCCCAGGCCAGGUGAACCCAGUCCCUGGCCAUCCCCAGCACCCCUCUCUGGGCACAGCACCCGAUGGGCCAGGCCCUGAGUCAGGGCAGCAGCUGGGACAGGACCUGGAUGACUCAGGAAACCUGCUCUCCCCGGCCCCUAUGGACUGGGACAUGUUGAUGGAACCCCCCUUCUUAUUCACGGCUCUGCCCCGCAAUGGGGAGUCAGCUCCUCCAGCAGAGGCACUGCCUCCCCAGGCUCCACACUGCCAUGUGGUGAUCCGGGCCCUGUGUGGAGAGCAGCCUAUGUGCUGGGAGGUGGGUGUUGGCCUAGAGACACUGUGGGGACCUGGUGAUGAUGGCUCACUGCCUCUGUCAUCCCCUGAAAGAGAAGGUGCUUGGGACCAAGCACUCCAUCGGCUGACAGCAGCCUCCGUGGUCCGGGACAAUGAGCAACUGGCCCUCCGUGGAGGGGCUGAGGCCACGGCUGACCGAGGCCAUGCCCGGAGGUCCUGGGUCCGAGCCCUUCAGACAAGCAAGGUCAGCUCUGCCCCUUCCUGCUUCACUUGCCCAGUAGCUGUGGACGCCACCACCAGGGAGGUCCUACCCUCAGCCCUGCAGGUGCGGAGCUCAGAGCUGGCUGAGCCCCUAAGCACUUCUCCUGCACCUCAGGGCCAUUUAGAUGCAACUCCUCUGUCCACAGCUGUGCAGUCUAGAGGACCUAAGGGAGGCUCUCCGGUGGCCGGCUGGAACCCGAACCCAAAUGGCAACCCCAAGUUGGCCACCGGAAGUCCUCCUCGCCUCCCCCCCCAGCCUCCUUCUAGGCUCAGCCUGGGUGGGGGGAGGGCCAGAGGCUCUGACAGCCACCGACUCUGCAGCCCUCACCGGGACCAGGCUAGUGACAGCAACAGUGAAGGCAGCGACCACGACUACUUGCCCUUGGUGUGGCUGCAGGAGGCUCCCGGCUCCUUCCGCCUGGAUGCGCCCUUCUGUGCAGCGGUGCGCAUCCCGCAGGAACGCCUGUGCCGCGCCUCGCCCUUUGCUGCGCACCACGCCAGCCUCAGCCCCAACUCGGCCUCCUCUCCCUGGGCACUUCUGGGACCGGGUGUGGGCCAGGGCGACAGUGCCACAGCCUCCUGCAGCCCAUCCCCCAGCUCAGGCUCCGAGGGCCCAGGCCAGGUGGACAGCGGGAGGGGCUCUGACACUGAGGCCUUGGAGGGCGCCGAAGGGCUAGGCGGUGCUGACCUGCGGGGCCGGACCUGGGCCACAGCCGUGGCCCUCGCGUGGCUGGAGCACCGCUGCGCCGCCGCCUUCGGCGAGUGGGAACUUGUGGCAGCUAAAGCCGACUGUUGGCUGCGGGCGCAGCACCUGCCCGAUGGCCUUGACCUGGCUGCCCUCAAAGCUGCGGCUCGGGGACUCUUCCUGCUGCUCCGACACUGGGACCAGAACCUGCAGCUACACCUGCUGUGCUACAGUCCGGCAAAUGUGUGAGGACUGCCCACUGCUCGGCUGGCGCUGCCUGACAGACUCAAGUCACUGCCACCCAGGCCCGGCUUCUCCGUGCUGGUGCUGGGAGGGGCGGGCUGGUGUCCGCCUGACCCCCACUGCUUCUCAUCCCCUUCCCAGAAUGCCCCUGCCCUCACAGAAAGUGCCUGCCUGUGCUCUCUCUCUCCCACUCCUCCCAGCCCAGGUCUUUUCCCUUCUGAGCUCCAUGCAGUGCAGUGUGGGAGGGGAGAGAGCCACAGCCCCCAAAUCCUAUGCAAUAAAGUGCCUCUUAGGACUGCCCAAAUGAAUUCU